AUGUCGCGCUUCGUCUCGGGAGGAACUGUGGACAAGCCCACUGAACGCGAUGACGAAUGGUUGAAGGCGCAGGAGCAGAUUGAAGCUGCACGACGGAAGAAGGAGGACGAAAGCAGGCAGCACGGAGGAAAGAGCUUGUACGAGGUCCUUCAGGCUAAUAAAGAUGCGAAGCAGGAGGCCUUUGAAGAGGCAGCCAAACUCAAAAACCAAUUCAGAUCAUUGGAUCAAGAUGAAGUCGAAUUCCUGGACACGGUAAUGGAAUCGACGAGAGCCAAGGAGGAGGCUGUAAAACGAGAAACCGCCGAACGACUCGAAGCUUUCAGGCGCCAGCAAGAGGAUACUGAGAAAGCGUCCCGGGGAGAUGCACCUGAAGCGAGCAACCAAUCUGAAGGAGAUACUUGGGCUUUCAACGCUCGCAAGCGCAAACGAACCAAGGAGAAGGAAGUGAUUGCGGGUCUCAAGCUGCGCAAGAGCUCUUCAUCAGCGACUCAGAUGACUUCAGACGCAGGAGCAGCAGCAGGGGCGGCAUCAGACGACAAAACCCAGUCGCCGUCGAGUCCUGCACCUACGCCUGCGAACCAGUCAGCCAAAGCUGUGCAACCGCCCGCCGCAGCGAUAGACAAGGCCGUCUCGGCCAAGAUCGACCAGGCACCAGCGGCCGCUGCUGCUUCAACAACCCCGGCUCCCGCUGCCGCACUUGGUCUCGCGGCCUACUCAUCCGACGACGACGAUGACGAUUGA